AUGGGUAAGCUAGGGGUUAUCACCCUCUACUAUGGCCUCGACCCAAUUAGCAAAGUCUGGAGAAUCUCUGUCUACGCCAUUGCCGUCAUGAUCGUGAUCCCUACCCCGGUUUUGGUUCUCACAUAUAUCUUCGGCUGCCAACCGCUUUCCAUGGCAUGGAACAUGGGCUUUGUCGAAGGGCACUGUAUUAGUCGUGUUGGUAUCAUGUUCACCAGUUCAGUGUUGAAUGCUACCAUAGACAUUUUGAUGGUCCUAAUCCCAAUUCCUUUGAUUAUUCGGUUGCAAAUGCCAGUAAUCCACAAGUUAGGAGCACUAGCAAUGUUGUCUCUGGGUUGCCUUACGAUAAUCACCAGCAUCUGCCGCGCAAUCGCUCUCAGUCGUCUUUUGCAUCUGUCAGAUCAACCAUACAAUAUUGUCAUUCCCAUCCUCUGGGCGAAUGCGGAAACUACCCUAGUCAUUAUCUGCAACUGUCUGCCGGCCUUCCGUCGCUUUAUACAGUACCAUUUCACGAGUACUGCCUCAACCGGAUCGAAAAAUCCCACUAUCCUCCCCGCUAGUGCUGGGGCUGGUAUCACAGAACAGCGUGGCCUAGAACAUGAAUACAGUGAUGAUGUGGAAUUGAUCUACCGCGAUGAUAGCAACCGUCUGAGCAUAGUCAGAACGGUUGAGCUGAAUAUGACAUAUCAUCCAAAGGGGGCUGAACCUGAGUGUGGAUUGUAUCCUGUGGGAUCAGGCCCACUAUAG